GGGAAGCGUCCUCCGGCUCGUGUGGGUUUAUAUUACUCUGCCGAAGCCCCGAUCCAAACCCUAAUCCUAAGAACCAACGAGCUUCCCUUCUUUAAACCCCAGAAGGAGUUAUUCUCUCGACUCCGUCUCCUUCUCGAGAUUUCUUAUUCGUGAAAUCUUUGGUCGCAAGAAAUUGGUUCUUGGUUCAAAUGGGCAGCAAGAAAAGGCCCUCCAAAUCCUUAGAGGAAUUAGCCAGCGAGGAAGAUGCCCCUGUUGGAAUUUCUCCAGAAACUGUGAAAGAACCGAAGAAAGGCAGAACCUUUGAUGAGAAGACCGAGGCCGAGGGUGCGUCCACUCCAGUAAUCCCUUUAUCGCUGAAACCUAUGGAAAGAAGGAAGAAGAGGAAAGCGAUGGAUAAGGAAAGGCACCGCCUUGAUUCUGAAUACAAGGAGCAAUCCAAUGAUCAAUCCAAAGCUAACAAUGCUAGCAAGUCUAGUGAAUGCCCUCCUGAGAAUCGGGCAUCAUUGCCUUCUUCAUCAUCGAGUAACCUGCCUGGGUUCCACAUUGAUGUAUUUAGGGAUCUGUCAUCUCCGGACCCGUCAGUUAGGGAGGCGGCAGCAGAGAAUUUGGUUGUAGAGCUGUGUGAGGUUCAGAAGGCAUAUGAGAAGCUAGAGAAUAAGAAAGAGGACAAUGGAGCGGUUCAACUGGAAGCUGAGAAGGAUGACGGGAUGGGGCACUGUUCACCCUCUUCGAGAUAUGCUAUUCGGAGACUUAUCCACGGAGUGUCUUCUUCAAGGGAGUGUGCAAGACAAGGGUUUGCACUGGGGUUAUCGGCUGUGGUUGGGGCAAUUCAUACCCUUGAAGUGGAACCAGUGAUGAAAUUAAUAGUUGAUUUGUUGGAAAUUUCGUCUUCCAUGAAGGGUCAGGAAGUGAGAGAUUGCCUUUUGGGUCGCCUCUUUGCUUAUGGAGCCCUUGCUAGAUCAGGACGAAUUGCUAAAGAGUGGAUUCUGGAUAGCAGUACAUCACUCGUCAAGGAUUUUACAAACCUUGUCAUUUCUCUUGCAGGCAAGAAACAAUAUUUAAGUGAGCCAGCUGUUGCAGUCAUUUUGGAAAUGGUCGAGAAGCUACCUGCGGAAGCUUUGUUGAGCCAAGUUCUUAUAGCUCCUGGCAUGCAUGAGUGGUUCAAGAGAGCUGCUGAAGUUGGAGAUCCAGAUGCACUGUUCUUAGCUUUGAAGUUGCAAGAAAGAGUAUGUGGCGACAGUGAAAUGUUUGGCAAGCUCCUGCCAUCUCCAUUCAGUCCUGACAACUUCUUUACUCAAGACCAUCUGUUAUAUCUUGCCCCUUGCUUCAAGGAAUCGACGUUCUGUCUACCGCGCUUACACAGCCUUUGGCCUUUGGUGGUAAAUUUGCUUAUACCUGAAUCAACAUCUCAAAAUGAAGAUGCUGUUGUAUGUUCAACUUCUAGUAAGAAACACAAGAGGAGCAGGAAAGGGAUCUCUUUUGAGGAUGUUAUGAAGAAUAUUCGCUGUUUCUGUGAGGUUGUUGUUGAAGGAUCGCUUCUUUCGUCAUCUCAUGACAGGAAACAUUUGGCAUUAAAUGUUUUGCUGCUUCUCCUGCCAAAAUUGCCAGUAUCAUGCAUUCAAGUUGUCUUAUCUAACAAGCUUGUGCACUGUUUGAUGGACAUUCUUUCAAACAAGAGUUCCUGGUUGUACAAUGCUACUCAGCACUUUCUGAAGGAAUUACUAAACUGGGCUGGGGAUGACGAUGACCGACAUGUUGCUGUUAUUGUGUCAUUGCAGAAACACAGCAACGGUAAAUUUGAUUGUAUCACAAGGACACAGGCAGUCAAAGAGUUGGUUGGCACAUUCAAAACUGGACCAGGUUGCUUGCUUUUUGUGCAUAAUUUAAUGAGCUUGUUUGUAGAUGAAAGGGCCCUCACAGAUGAAUCAUCCGAUCAAAGUCAGACCACAGAUGAAAAUUCAGAAAUAUGCUCAAUGGAAGAUGAGGAACCUCCAGCAUCAGGGAAUACAGACUUCUUAAAGAUUUGGGUUAUAGAUACCAUGCCUCGUGUUUUGAAAAAUUUAAAACUGGAUUCUAAUGCUAAAUCUUGGGUGCAUACAGAAAAAGAAAAAUUUAUGGAAGAAAAAUUUUGCGUGCAGACUGAAAUAAUGAAAUUUUUGGCGGUUCAGGGUUUGUUCUCUGCAUCUCUAGGCACCGAAGUUACAUCAUUUGAGUUGCAAGAGAAGUUUAAAUGGCUAAAAGCUGCUACAUCCAGUUCUCUGUGCAGGAUGUGUAUAGAGCAGCUCCAGUUGUUAUUGGAAGAUGCACAAAGAGGGGAGGGCUCGAAUCUACUAAAUGGACUUGAGCUCAAUGAUCUUGGAUCUUACUUUAUGUGUUUCCUCAACACUUUGUGCAACAUUCCUUCUCUUUCACUCUACAGGACCUUGAGCAAGGAAGAUGAAAAGGCAUUUAAGAAACUGCAAGCAAUGGAGUCUAGACUUUCUCAUGAGGAAAGAAAAAUUAGACCUGGACCAGAUGCAAAUAAAUUGCAUGCUGUCCGUUAUUUGCUGAUUCAGUUAUUGCUGCAAGUCCUCCAUCCAGGUGAGUUCUCUGAAGCUGCGCUGGAACUAGUCAUAUGUUGCAAGAAGGCUUUCCCUACUGCUGCUCAUGGUGACUCUUUAGAGGAACAAGAUGAUUUUGAUGAUAGUGAUGCACCAGAGAUGAUGGAUGUGUUAGUAGACACAUUGCUUUCUCUCUUGCCUCAGUCAUCUGGUCCUAUUUGUUUUGCUGUUGAACAGGUUUUCAGUUUCUUCUGUGAUGAUAUAACGGAUGCUGGACUCCUUCAGAUGUUGCGUGUUGUGAAGAAAGAUCUCAAGCCUCCUCGACAUCAAGCAGCUAGUAGUGAUGGUGAUGAAGAUGAUGAUGAUGAUUUCCUUGAAAUAGAAGCAGAGGAGAAUGAUGAAAUUGAAGCAGAGGAAACUGAUGAAGUUGAGGUUGUAGAGACGUGUGACAGCGAUAACUGUUUAGAUGAUUCUGAAGGAAUGCUUGGAGCGGAGGCAGCUGAUGAGGAAGUUACCAAAUAUGAUGAGGGUUCCAAGAGAAUAGAUGGAGUUGAGGCAACUAAUGAAGAAGAUACCAAAAAUGACAAGGACCUUUCAGCUUUGGAUGAUUCUGAUAGUGGUAUGGAUGAUGAUGCCAUGUUUAGGAUGGAUACUUAUAUAGCACAAAUUUUCAAGGAGCGGAAAAUUUCUGGGAAUGACAGUGCUCAGUCCCAGCUCACACCGUUCAAACUUCGUGUGCUCUCACUUGUAGAAAUAUAUCUGCAGAAGAAUCCAGGCAAGCCUCAGGUGCUGAUGAUUUAUUCUUACUUAGCUCGAGCUUUUGUCAAUUCACAUACCACUGAGGGUAGCGAUCAUGUCAGGCAACGCAUUGGAGGGCUUUUGCAGAAAAAAGUAUUCAAGGCAAAGGACUAUCCAAAAGGUGACGACAUCCAGCUCAGUAGUCUUGAAAUCUUGUUGGAGAAGAGUCUGAAAUCAGCAUCACGUUCACGGUUCAAGACAAUCUCUUCUCUAGCUCAGACCUCAGCAUUCUGGAUAUUAAAAAUCAUACAUUCACGGAAUUUUUCCAAAUCUGAACUCAAGGGGGCGGUGAAUAUUUUUCGAAAUGUAUUGGUUGACUACUUCAAUAAUAAGAAGUCCCGGCUGAAACCUGGGUUUGUGAAAGAGGUUAUUCGUAGGCAUCCCUGGCUUGGGCAGCAGCUUUUUGGCUUUCUUUUGGAGAAAUGUGGGAGUGCAAAAUCAGAAUUUCGACGAAUUGAAACACUGGAUCUCAUAGACUGUAUAAUGAAAUUAAGGAUGACAGGGAAAGCAGAGAAAAAUAAUGAUUCAUCAAGUAAAUCUAAGUUAUUAAACAAAUACUUGCCAGCACUUGGUGAGCUGAUCCAAGAACUCCUGAGCAAUCUGCCAGAAAAACAGUCAAGGCGUGCAGAAGUGCGUAGGUUUUGCACCAAGGUGUUGCAUGCAGUCUCAAUAUUGAGCCUGAACAAGUCUUUUCUCAGGGCAUUGAAGUCAGAAACUUACUCUCUUUGUGAGUCUCAAUUAGGGGACGCAUUUCUUCCCUUCAAGAUUCCUACACGAUAGAUCAAAUGCUAGGAGGCUUUUUGAGUCGAUGGGGAAAGAGGAUGCCAAAGGCCACGAUCUUUCCUAUAAUAUUGUUCAGAGGCUCAUCAGUGGGGUGAUCAGUCAAGCACGUAGUUGCUGUGGAGGAAGCCAAUUUUUUAGCUGCAGAAAUCUUGGUUCAGCUUGGAUUGUUGACAAUAGGCCUGCAAUUUUGGUCGGUUCACCAUGUGGUGCUGGAAUGCCAUACAUGUUCUCCGAAUGUCUAUUUGGGGAAAAAAGAAUACGACUGAGCGUUGGAUCCUCAAUUCUAGAGCAACAGAGUUCUGAGCGGUGUUAAAUGGUGAGGGCAUAGGUUGUAUCUUUCUUUGCUAGUGAUCAUUGCUGGAUCCAAUAAAUACUCAUAUAUCUUUAUAAUUUUUGUAACUUAAAGUUCCAGGGUAUAUCUUUGGCGUUGAUACAUUAUUAAUCUAAUUAGCUUGUUAAAGU